AGGGCAAAGGGAAUGAUGAUUUGCUCGUAGCCUAUUUUUCCCUCACCCAACAACACAUAAUGUAUAUUCACCUGAAUUGGGAAUUGGAUAAAAGGAAUCAUCCAGCUGAAAAUAUCCAUUACAAAAAGGCACAAAUUCAGCAUUUGGUCAGCAUAUUUUAAUGCAUUGAAGCUGCACUAAUCAGUAUUUUUACAUUAACAAAGAAUCAAAUGACUACAUGUAAUGUGAAAGGUGUCACUCGUAGUUUUUCAGCUAAGUGUUUCAGUUUUAGAGCCCUUAGCUUUGUUUCGGUAUAUACUCAGCGCUCUCAUAGCGGUCGCAGCAGGAGGCUAUAUUCAGUGAUCCAGAAAUCCACCGUCAGGCUGGUGACAAACAAACCAACCAACCAAACCAUAAAUGUAACUCCUUGGUGGAGGUAAUGAGUGUUUUUCUAGUUUUCAACAUGCCAUUUAAAAGACCAUCCUCCCUGAAAAACUUUUGACUAGUCACAAAAAAAGUUACUAAUGUGUUUAAUUUUAAACUAAUUCAUAUAUUCAAGUGCUAGAUAUACAUUUUCUAUGGGUCAUUUUCCCAAAAGAUGAUUUAAAUGCUACUUCAAAUUGACUCAACUAUAUCAGUAAUGUGUGUGUUGUUGGAGAAUAUAACUGCUUCUGUCAUUAAAAAAUCCCAGAUAAAAGAUAUUCUUCUUUUUCUGUUUCCUCAAUGCUCGCUCCCUCUUUUCUGAUGAAUUCUUUUGAUGUGGUUUGUCAAAAUUGCAUUUCAUAGUCAACAGGACUCAGCCAUGGCCUACUCUGGAGAACAUCACAACUGCACCGACGUGGACCAACUGAUGAAGCGCUACUACCUGCCUGUCUCCUACGGCGUCAUCUUCAUCAUAGGCCUGGUGGGCAACGUGACUUCCAUUGGCAUUUACCUGACGAAGCUGCGUCCCUGGAAGAGCAGCAGCAUCAUCAUGGUCAACCUGGCGCUAACCGACCUCCUCUACGUCCUCAGCCUGCCCUUCCUGGUCUACUACUACAGCAACGGUGAUUCGUGGACCCUCGGCAAUUUUAUGUGCCAAGUUGUGCGCAUUGGGUUUCAUUUCAACCUGUAUGGGAGCAUCCUCUCCCUGACGUGUCUCGCAGUUUUCCGCUAUGUGGUGGUGAUCAAUCCUCUGAGGGCAGCACAGGUGCAGCAGAAGAAGUGGGGAAUAAUUGCGUGCUCAGCCGUCUGGCUCAUGACCGCUGCCGAAAUCACACCCAUGUUGACGAUGAUAUCUUGGGAGGUGAGCGUCAACAAGACCUCCUGCUUGGACUUUGCUAGCUCCCUAUCCCCCCACGUGCGGUGGUAUGGCUGGCUGCUUACUGCACUCGGAUUUCUACUUCCUCUAGUGGUGGUAUUCAUAUGUUACAUCGGUGUGGUGAAACAGCUGGCGAAAGGCCCCUCAUCGUCCAGUCCGUGUCGGAUGCGAGCGCGGCGCGUGACCGUGCUCAUCCUGGUGGUGUUUGUGGUGUGUUUCCUGCCAUAUCACUUCUUGCGUGUGUUGCGGAUCGAAAGUCGAUUGAUGAAAGAGACGCCGUGCAUGGUGGUGCGCACUGUGCAUGCAGCGUAUAUUAUCUCCAGGCCUCUGGCUGGACUCAACACGUUCUUUAACCUGGCUCUGUACACUCUUUCAGGUGAUAAGUUCAGGAGGGCCUUCAUCAGCACUUUUUACUGUGAAUACUGGCUGACCAAGGUCAGGUCAGUGCUCCACCUGGCCAUCAUAAACCAGGCAGGCUGUCACAUGCCGGCUGCAUGACUGUCCAACACCUGAGUGUCC